AUGGCACCAUUCUGCUUGGGAAAGAGGCGAUUCUUAGUUUCUUAUCCCAGCAAGAUCGAUUACAGAUUGGGACCGCACCAGCGAUCCUCCUGUUUUUCGUUUAGCGUCGAGUACGAUCGACGCGGAGACCAUAUUCAAUAUGGAAACUAUGCCCUUCCAGGAGGAGGACAUCAAGGGCAACGAUUUUUUUUCUUGCACCCGGACGCUAUGGCCAAGGGCAUUGGGGUCAGUGAACAAGAGUUGAAGAGAAUGAAAGCACACUGGCGCAAGUGUGCAUAUCGGAAAGAUCAAGACCACGCGUUCUCCAAGGGUCCUGGUUUCCGGAUUCCUACGAGGCCUGAUGCCAUCCCGUCUAGGAGCAUUUACAAGUAUAGGGAUCCGCUUCGGAAGGGAGUGGAGAGCAGGAAGCUGGCCAAGGAACUAGAACGGGGCAUCACCCGGAAAUGGUCCAUCCCGGAUCACUCCAACAUGCCCAGCGAAGAAUAG